UGCGAACGCGGAACGAUGUGUACAGCCAGAGCAAUAUCAAGCGAUAUAUUUAGCAUUGGAAAUGCUUAUGUUUUGUGUAUGGGUAAUAAGUUACCAGUUUCGUCAAGCAGAAAAGAAGACAGUGGUGUCGCAUCAACCGUUGAUUGUACCGUACUUGGCCGCAAUCGAAAACAAAUCGUCAUCAUAGAAAAUUCAAUGGAAUCAGUCGAGAGCAGAUUGAAGAGCGAAGUCAACAACUUAUCUGAACAAUUUGAUAAAGCGAUUGCAAUGUUGAAAUCUGAACAUGAGACUGAACUAACGAAAUACAAGCAAAAACUGCAAGAUAUGUCGGCGAUGCAUACGACAGAAAUACAGCAAGUACGGGAAAAUCACAAUCGAAUUAUCGACGAGAUUAAAUACGAAUACUCCACUAUGAUUGAUAAUCUAAAACAGGUCAAGCGGACCGAAAAUUCGCUGAUCGACAACGCGAGCGCUUACACUCAAAAACUAGAUAGCAGCUUGGAAGCUUUAGGUGUUAACAGUAGCAUUUUGAACGAAAUCAGAGGGAAGGUUCAAAGCGAGUAUGGUAUCCUAACGAAAGCAAGAGAAGAAUCUUUAAAGGCCAAAGAGGAAGAGAUACGAAUGAUGCGAGUCGCAUUGGAGAAAGCGCGCGAGUCUGCUGAUGCCGAAAGAACUGAACUCAUGACCUUAGUACGAAAUUUAGAACUUAAGCUAGUCGAACAAAUUCAAAAUACCAAAGAGGAACGAUGGACUCUUAAGCAAUCCGCAUCUGUACUGAUGGCGCGUACUGCAGCGUUUGAUCGCGAAAUGGAGUUUGCGCGGUCAACUUUGGAGAGGGAACGAGAACAGUUACAGACCUUCAAAGAGCAGUUGCUUGUCGAACAAAAUAACCAAAUAUUACAAAUAACUGAAGAAAAAUUGCGCAUAUCUGCGGAAAAAUCGAAACUGGAGACUGCAGCGAAGCUCACUCAAAAUUUUGAUGCAGAAAGGAAUAAAGUAGAAAUAGAGGCGGCAAUUCAGGUUGCGAAGGAGGCGGCAGAACGUGCCGAUCACGAAAGGAAACAGUUGCACGGUAAACAUGCAGAAGUGGAGUCGCUCAAGAGAAGUCUAGUAGAUCAACAGCAUCAGUUGUCCUUGAAAGAGCAACAGUUGAAACAGCUGAUGUUGAAGGCCGACCAGAGGGCUAAAGAUGGCGAACAGGCCUUGAUUGAUGCGAAAUUAUUGGAGGAGAACUGUAACGCGAGACUCCGGGACAUACAAACUCAGUUAAUGUCAUUGCGUAAUCAAGAAAAAAAAUUGGCGCAGGAAAAAGUGAUGCUAUUGAGAGAGCAGACCAACAUAAAACGUACCAAAAGAUGUUCACUGUGUAGUAACGGAAAUGCGGUGGAUGGUGGAAAUAUUCUUAUGGACACUGCUGAGCAAGAUUUUUCGCCGAGGAUGUUUGCCAUCACAGAUCCAGACAUUGUAAGACUACGUUACGAAAUCAAUGAAGAACUACUGCCGAUUCCUAUACCGUCGGAGGAAAAUGACCAAACCAAAUAAGAUAGUUUUGUAACGCUUUUUUAAUUUGUUUCCUAAGAUUUUUUUAAUAAAACAGAGUAUUUUA